AUGAAGCGCUUCUCCCACGAGCCCCGGGCAGCCUUCGCUGUGCUCUUCGCCGCCGCCGUGCUCCGGUGUUCCUGCUCAGCAGCAGCUGAAGAUGUCUCCAAUGUUUCAACAAGCUCCAUGCUCACAACUGAGUACGAAGCACCAUGUCUUAACACGAACUUCUGCACGCAAGCAGCCAUGUGCUGCCCGACGGCUGUGGUUUUCGGCUGGAGCCUCUGGUUUCUGACUCUCAUCCUGCUCUGCGUGGACAAGGUCAUGAAACUCCGGCCUGACGAACCCAAAUAUUUGGUGGCCUGA